AUGCAUCUUCCUCUUUUUUUUGCCGGCUUGUUCUUUUCGGGCUUGGCCUAUGCCAAUUCAGGCGCACGUGCCUCAGCUACCCUAUCGAGCUCCUUGAGUACCUCUUCUGGCAUCCUUGAAAUUCCCCAGGGAGCCUUGUGUGCUUGUACGAAGCUUUCUCAUUCUAUGCCCAAGAGUGUGAUUCUUCCGGGCUCGAAAAACUACACCACUCAAACGGUCGACUACAUCUGGGAUAUCCGGGCGAAUCUUUCCCCUGCCUGUGUUUUCGUGCCCAAUACUGCUGCCGAAGUCUCGCAAGCAGUCAAGAUCAUCAAUGAAUGCCAGGCGAACUUUGCUGUCCGUGGUGGAGGCCACAUGAACUACCCUGGAGCGAACAACAUCGAUGCCGGUGUUCUAAUCGCUUUGUCGAACCUCAGUACCGUUGAUGUGAAGACUGACACCGUGGAAGUCGGCCCCGGUCUAAAUUGGUAUCAGGUGUAUUCGGCACUCGAGCCCUAUGGACGCGCUUGUGUUGGUGGUCGUAUGAAGACCAUCGGCGUCCCUGGUCUGACUCUGAUCGGUGGUUUUCAUUACUUUAACAACAAGUACGGAUAUGCUAUGGACAACGUGGUCAGCUAUGAUGUUGUUCUUGGAAAUGGCACCCAGGUCACCGCAAACAAGACUUCACACAGCGAUCUUUUUUGGGCUUUGAAGGGCGGCGCAAACAACUUUGGUAUUGUUACGCGCUUUGAGCUGAAAACUUUCGCUGUCCCGGAGGUCAGCACAACCAUUCAGGUCUUCAGCGAGACUCACCUCCCCCAGUUCCUCUCUGCCAUCUGUGAGUCAGCCAAGCUAGAUGACGAGGACCCCAUUGCGGCGGGGGUCUGUCCUUGGUGUUCAGGCUGGUGUCAGCAACCCCCCUCCCAAUUCGCCAACUUCACCAAGAUUCCCGCUGAGGCGAGAAUCAACAAUGUCACCACCAUCAAGACGUGGGCUAAUGCCCUUGACUCCCCCAAACAGAUGUUCCGUGUUCAAUUCUCUCACAAGUCCAUGAAGCCCGACGCUAAGGUCCUCUACUCGAUCUACAAGGCAUGGAAGGCUGCCGUUGACACGAUUUCCGAUGUCAAAGGUCUUUACCCGACUUUUGUCAUCAAUUAUGUCUCCCCCUCUUCGGCCCGCGUGGCCAAGACCAACGGUGUUGGUAACGUCUGGGGUCUCGAGGAAGAGCCUCUCAUAAUCUGGCAAUUCAGCACCGGCUGGGACCUAGCCCAAGAUGAUAUUCGCGUGGAGGCAUGGUCACGUCAGCUAGCUGAGCACCUCCACAGUAUCAACAAGCAGCUAGGGAUUGCUUCCGAGUUUGUCUAUAUGGGCGAUGCUGGUGAGUGGCAAGAUCCUUAUGCGGGCUUCCCCGUAGAGAAUGUCGCCCGCAUGAGAAAGAUCAGAUCCACCUACGAUCCAGCUGGAGUGUUCUCCACUCUUAGCUGGGGUGGGUUCAAGCUUGGUCUUUAG